AUGGCCGGAGCAGGCGCCAUCCAGAACACAUCCUCCCCCGGCACGGUGAUGGACGAGUUCGAACCGCUCCAAGCGGCAGCUCACGAAGGGUUGCUCCUUGCGCAAAUAGCAUCUCACACACUGGGUUGCAGCGCUCAUGCCGAGCGAGGCCGCGUCAAACACUGCAACGUUCCCAUCGGCAUCACGACGGACGGCACAGGGAGCAUCCCAAGCGAGCCAUCGGGAUAG